AUGGAGUCUGAUUUUCUAUCGAUUAAAGCAAGGGAAAUAAACAAAAAAAAGUUGAGUCUCUUGUAUUCAUUGAAAAAUCAGAAUAUUGAAUAGAAUGAUUUGAUUGAUGAUAACAUCUACUUCAUUAAAAAACUUACAAGUGAUCAUCCAUUAAAAGAAAUUAUAAAAGAAUGUCAGAAUAACGUAAGAGAGGGAUUCUUAACUCCAUUAACGAAUGUAUUAUUAAAAAAUAUUUCAGAGGUCCUCCAUGUCUAUUGAAUUUACAGCCAACAUGUUUGUUGAAGAAAUAUUAGACAGUGUAAAAUUAAAGCAUAUAAAAAUACUAUAACUGGAAGAACUAAUAAAUAAUUUAAAACAAAACAUAGAAAUGAUUCAAAAAUUAGAAAUUAAAUAGCAAAAGUAAAAUGACAAAGAACUUUACCAAAUCCUUAUGAUUAAUUCUCCUAAUGAUCCUACUUAUCAAUUGUAUUUGAAUGAUCAAAAAUUAUACCCAAAUUAACUACAUUCUUAACCUUUUGAUUUCAAAGAUAAGCUAAAUUUUAUAUUAUUUACAAAUAAUUAAGUGCUCGAAACUAUUUCAUUUGACAUGGUCUAUGUAUAAAAAUAUAGUUAAUCAUUAGUAAAUCGGCAACAAUUGCUUUAAUAUUAAUUAAAACCAAUACAAUCAGAAUAUCCAAUUAAAAUUUCUUGAGGAAUCUAAUGUUCCAAUUAUCUAUGAUUUCUAGUAAUCUAAAAAAUGUAUUAUAGGAUUUAAAUAUUCUUUCAUAUGACAAGUGAAUUGAAAAAAACAAUAAUCAAAUCUUUGAAAGAAGAGAUUUAGGAAUUAGAUUCUAAAAUUUUAGAUAUGAUAGAGAUUAUAAAUAGAAUGUUGGAACCGUUCUCUAAUAAAGGAUUCAAAUAUUUAAGGUAUUAGGGUAUGAUAGAUAAUGAUACCAUCGGCAAAAACAGANAUUUAUCCAAAAACAAGUUGCCUCCAACAACAAUUACAAGUUAUUAAUAAAAAGAAUCAUAUGAAAAUGAUGACGACGAAGAUGAGAAUACUGAUGAUGAUGAUGAUGAGUUGAUCGAAAAAUACACCAGAAUUAUUGAGGAAAUUAAAUAAAGGAGGAGAAGAAGAAGACAUAGAUAAGGAUUGAGUUCUGAUGAUGAAGAUGAUUUCAAUUUUAGUAAAUUUUAAUAGAAAUUUGGCUCAUAAUAAGGAAAUUAAGGAGGUUACUAUGAUAGUAGAUAUGGUUAUGGAGGGUAUGGAUAGUCUCAGACUAUGAUGAGCAGGGGAUAUCACGGCAGAGAUAAAAGUGCAAGAGACUAUUUAAAUUAAAGAAGAUGA